CCUCUGUCAUCUGAUCGUCUGGCCGGCUAGCUAAGCUACUAGCUAGCUACUAGCUAGCUACUAUAAAUUUGCUAAGUCUAUAAAUGUACGCUUUGUUCCAGCUACAAUGGCGUACAAUUCUCUCUACAAUGUGUGUAGGGAUACUCCUCACAGAUGGAUCGGCCAUGGAUCGGACAACAAGUAUUCUACCACUUUAGACCUCACCCUUUCAAAGAUGCUCUACAGUAAAUUAUCUUUAUGGCAAAGUUGGAUGAGUGUUGUAGAUAUUGCCAGUCCUAGACGUGAACGUGAAGAAAACUGUUCGAUUCUGUGUCUCUCAUAUUCUACUGACGGCAAGUUUUUAUUCGCUGGCUCGAACAAUCGAAAUGUGCACAUCUUCAACCCAAACACUGGCAAAGAAAUACGCUCAAUAAACCAAGCUCACAACGGGGCAGUAAACUGUAUAUGUUAUGUUGGAAACAACCAAUUUGUUUCCGGAUCUGAAGAUUCAACAAUUGCACUUUGGGACAUUAGAAAAUCAACCGCAGCUGUCAACGUUCUCCAAGGUCAUAGUUCAUGUGUCCGAGAACUCAUGUACAAUAAACAUGGCGGAGGGAUACUACUGUCAUCUUCAAUAGACAACAAUAUUCGAUAUUGGCACCUCCCAUCCUUUCAAUCUGCAAACGAAGCUCUUAUUGCGGACAAUGACGAAAACGAACAGUAUAGAGGCGUCCUAAUGAACUGCCCAAGCCUGAGCCAUUUUAGUGUGAGCCCCAACAACGAAUGGUUGACCGUUGUCAACUUACAAGGGACCAUAUACGUUGUCUACAACUUGGACGUCAUGCGACUGUGUAAAACCAUGAAAGUUAUGCGCCUGGAUGAAGGACUUGUGAUGCAGUUGGCUUGGUUUAAUCCAAACUGUUCUCUCUCGAAGAAAAACAGGAUUCGAGUAUUAGCCUCUGAUGAGUACACACCACCGGGACAGGGGGUGGUCAACAAAGUGCGUGGCAUUCAUUUCCAUCCACAGCACUGCUUCUUGAUGAUGAGAGUCGGAGCUUCGCAUACUUUUGGACUGAAAUCAACCGAAUGGUCUUGUGGCGUGAACCUUCAGCAGCAGCAGUCCUCGUUUGAUAAAUCAUGGCUAACCAUAAACAGUUUCGGAUCUGAAGUUAUGGAGGAAACUUUGAUGUAUGCAAGACCAGAAGAAAAAUCCGGAUUUAUGGACAAAAAAUAUUCUUUUAGUAGUUGUGGAAGAUUGUUUUCCUCUCCCGGGAAAUCACAUGUGAGCCUUUUGGCGUUUUGUGAUGAGCUGAAAGAUCCCUUCACUUGUGUCAAGAAAAGAUCUGAGCCUUUCACUAGUAUGUUAAUGGGGUCUGGAUCUGCCACCACGCUACAUAAGAGCCUGACUGAAGUGGCUACUAUCAAAGUGGACGGACAAGUGUCAUGCGCUAAACUGUCUGCUACGGACAUGAUCCUAACUGUAGGCGAUAAAGAAGGACACUUAAACUUUUAUCAACCACGCAUUUAAAUGUUGUUAUUCAAUUGUUCAUGUUUCUAUAAUUAAUUUGUAUAACGUCAUUCAUUACAGCACUGCUCACGGUUUUGAAAUAUGACUUAAUUCCUGCACCAGUGUGAUAUAGAUU